CAUCGAAAAUAUAUAUCAUAACAACUUAGAGUCUCAUUCGACAUGGACAGUUCACAAUCAUCUCAAAAGGAAUUGCUGAUGUUCCGCUCUCCGAUGGACGCUCAGAAUCAGAUAUACAUAUUUAACUCGCCCAUUGAUUACAAGGAUCAGCAGUUAAUAGUCUAUCAACGACCAGGCAUGCUGAGCGGCGAAAACGGCUAUUGUGUGGUCUACAAGAGGGAUCACUUCAUAAUCAACAGUCCGCCCAACUAUCAGAGUCCAACAAAGAGAAGUUUUCUAAACGAGUGCAUAAGACAAUUGUAUUUGAUGUACGGACUGGGUCACAAGCUGCACUGGGAACCAAAUACAUCCCUGGCAAGUCGUGAAAAAAUUUGGCAACAAGUAGAUGUCUGCCUCCAACCAGAGCGAGUGACUUUGAAGCGGGCGAGUGUGGAGCGUGUGAAACGUCAGCUCUUCCGUGAGGACAGACUAAGCCGUAAAAACCGAAAACCCGCACGUGGUAACACCUGGGGUACGCAGGUUCUUAAUUUCAAGCCCAUGCGACACAAGAUUGGCCGCAGCCAUGGAUAUAUACGUCGGGACUAUUUUCGCUGUGCUCGCCACAAUGUCCUCCAACAACUGAUAUACGAAAAGUUAAAACGGGAAGUGAUCUGCUCUCCGGCCGUAUGCCAGAGCGUUAUUGGUGCAGCCGACGGCAUCUUCAGCGUUAAUUCCGGUGUAAUUAGCGACAUCUGCAGAUAUCAUCACAACGGAGCACGUCAUCAACCAGCAGUGGAAAGGCAUCUCACAGUUGGCGAGGUCAAUUUGAGGAAUAACGAGGCUUGUCGCAUUACAGAGCGGGCCAAGCGUCUGGAGGCCAUGUUCAUACACGAGCAAGUGCGUCGCGCUGUUCAGAAUCAUCAACUCAUUUUGGAAGAAUCUGUGCGUUCUGUCUUUUAUGCGAAGGAAUUAUUCCGCCUAAUUGAGGAUCACGAGGAAUUUGUGUAUACUGACAAGCAAAUCCUCACUCGCAGUUAAACAUAAAUAUUAUAUGUAAAUCUAAUUUAGGAUUUCUCUAUGCUUAAGAUUGUA